AUGGACGCUGAAGUCAGCCAGAGCGAGAUGGAUGAUGAGGAAAUGCAGGAAAGCAUGGACGAUGAACUGAUGAUGGACGCCGAAGACGACUCAGAGUACGAGGUUCAAGAACAGGCUUUAGGUACAAAGCUCGCCGGAAAGAAAAGAAAGCGGGUGACAUUUGCUGACGACAACACUACAAAAGAUUCAGUCACACGACAAGCUCGUACAGCCCAAGAGUACACAGUCUUUCUCAGACAAAAGGCUGACAAGAACCUGAAGAGGGACUUCAUCCGUCAGAUCCAGGUGAAGCGUAAGGCAGGUAUCACUGACAUUGUCUUACAGCCUCCCAAAGCGAAACGCCGGCGGCAGCGAAGAACAACGAACAAUCACCUCAGCGACCUAGAAGAGCUUGGUUCUAGUGCCUUGCCUGAACUCGGAGCUAUCCCGAACCCCAACCAGGCCAAGGUGUCGAGGCAAGUGAGAAUGCGACAGAUUGCUAUGGCCACUACCGAAGGAGACAGUAACAGACACCUUGGGUCGCAGCGGGAGGACGCAAGACUGGGGAUGAAGAUCUGGGGCCGUGGGGUUGUCACUUGCGUUGGUGUCUCUGACUACUUGCUGAGGGGCAUGAAGACGCCUGUUCGGGGAUGGCAGCUACAGGCCUCAGCCCGCAUGGUCAUCAGAGAGAAUGCUACAGAGCGACCCAACGGAGGCAUCUUGGGAGACCAAAUGGGUAUGGGGAAAACCCUCACCAGUCUUCUGCUUAUAGUAGGUUGUCCCCCCCUGUCUGAGGACAUUCAAGCGGGCUGCGGUGGUACGCUUGUGGUUGUCCCCGGGCCCAAUGUCCUGAAGGAAUGGUCAGAGGCCAUCAUCAAGCAUACCAGCGCCAUUCAGCCUGGAGACGUGCUGGUUUUCAAGAAGGGUUCCAACACUCUGGAGAUCAGCCAGAUCGCCCAGUACAAGAUUGUCAUCACGACAUAUCAGGAGCUCCUCAAGUAUCCUUCGGGAAAGAAGAUGGAGGCUCUGAUCACGAAGCAUGGCAAGGGAACGCAAGCGCUCCGAGCGGCCGUGAAGCAAAUCGCCGGCCCCCUGUUCGACAUCGAGUGGUACCGCGUUGUGUUUGACGAGCUUCAUACCAUCAAGAAUUCGGAGACUCAGAAGAUCUAUCCCUAUGUGAAGCUCGUCCGGGUAGAGGGUAUAGACACAAAGAAGGACUUCAUCCGAAUUUACAAGAAGGGACCCGAUGCCGCCAGGAAAUUGGACGCGUUGAUCAACCAGAUCACAAUCCGCAGGAACCAUGAAGACGAGUUCUUGGGAAAGCAAAUGCUGGAGGGCAUUCCCAACUUCGACGCCGAGAUCCGUUGGGUCAACCUGUCCGAGGAAGAACGGCUCAUCUAUGACGCCAUCACCGAUCACUUCAAAAGCAAGGCGUCGAUUGUCGCAAUGGCCAACAAGAGAAGAGCCAUAUCGCACCCCUAUCUGCUCGAGAAGUCGUUCCUCGAAAAGAUCGACUGCGCGGCCAUUCGGGCGUUGAUCGACAGCCUCAAGGAGGUCGAGGGCAGGAGAUGGGUCUAUCACCAGAUUGGAAGACGGACCAGCAGAGAGGACCCGGACACCGCCUCUGCCACCCAGCAGCCCGACAGCGAUGACGAAGAGGCCCCCGCUCUCACGCCCCAGGAAAUCAGCUACGUCCCGAUGGACCCUUUUGGCAAGUCCAGCUUUGGAGGCAUGUUCUCCAUGUCUCGCCUGCUUGAGGGUACGAUUGCCGAGAAAGAGAUUGUCGACAUCAAAUGCGGCAUAUGCAAGCAGAGGCAGCAAGCCGACCCAUGGCGCAUCGCUGAGUGCAACCACAUCAUCUGCGGUGCAUGCUUCUACAAGAAAAUGCUCAAACUGAAGAAAUGCCCGACGUGCAAACACCCGUUGGACAAGCUCAAAAUUGAACGGGUCCCGACCCUCAAGGCCAUGGCUCAGGGGCACGUCUCGGAGGCGACGGAGGAGUCUGGCGACGAGGAUUCAGACAACGAGGAGUCCGACAACGAGGAUCCCCACGACGAGACCUUGGUCACCAACAAUGCGACCAGCAGGCAGAUAAUUGCGGCGAAGAGUCGCAAGGUCCAGGAGAACCGCGAGAGGAAGAGGGUCAUGCGGCGCAAGCACGGUGCCGACUACAUUAACAACCUCCCUGUCCUCGACGAUAACGAUGCCAUGUUCGUCAACAUCAGCGUGAACUGGAACGGCGGCGUCCCUUGCCCCGGCACCAAGCUCACAGUCGCCAAAGAGAUCAUCCUCCAGUGGCAGAUGGAGGCGCCCGAGGACAAGAUCAUCAUCUUCAUUGAGUUCAUCAAGACCGCGGUCCUUCUGGGUGUUGUCCUGAACCUCGAGGGGAUUCCGUUCGUGUACCUCAACGGCAAGCUCACCACAAAGGAGAAGAUUGACGCGGUGGACGCUUUCAAAAAUGAUCCAAAGGUCAAGAUUCUUAUUGCCUCGAUGAGAGUCGGCGGCCAGGCCCUGAACCUGACCUGCGCCAACCGGAUCAUCCAGAUCGACUCGUGGUGGAACGAGUCCGCCGGCGACCAGGCCAACGGGCGCGUCAACCGCAUGGGCCAGCUGAAGCCCUCGCACGCCGUUGCCAUCAAGGCGCGCGACACCAUCGAUGAGUACAUCACGGACCUGCAAGGCCGCAAGACGCAGGAGAUAGAAUAUGUCAUGCAGGACGACGGCCGCGUCACCGAGAUGCUCAGCGACUUUGAGAGGAUGGCCCUUACUGCCCCUAUCGCGUGGGACGAGACGAAGCAGCGCUUGAUCGAAGAGAUUGAGGAGGAGAACGGUCCCGAGAGCGUUCUGGGCGUUCAUUGA